CCGGAUGCCGUACUAAACCCGGACAGGAUGUGGCUUUGAAUUAUGUUACCAGAAUGUGUUAGCUAAGAACAACGACUUGUAAGCAUAAUGACAAAAACAUGUUCCCCCAAGAAAAAAUAGCUUUUGUAUCAAAGUAGAGGAUCGUGGCGGGGAUGUGGCUACGUUAUGGGAAACGUUUUCGGGAGAAAGAGUCGCCCUUCUCGAGUUACAGAACAAGACCGAGCGAUUCUGCAACUGAAACAGCAGAGAGAUAAACUGAAGCACUACCAGAAGAGAGUCACCCUACAGCUGGAGAAGGAGAGGAGUCUGGCCAAGCAGCUGCUGAAGGAUGGAAAGAAAGAGAAGGCACUGGUUCUUCUCAAGAAGAAGCGUUAUCAGGAUCAACUGCUAGACAAGACUGAGAACCAGAUAUCAAACCUGGAACGCAUGGUUCAAGACAUUGAGUUUGUCCAGAUCGAGAUGAAAGUCAUUGAGGGGCUGAAGGUUGGAAAUGACUGUCUGAAGAGUAUGCAUGAGGCCAUGUCACUAGAGGACGUGGAGAGGAUCAUGGAUGAGACUCAGGAUGCUAUAGAAUACCAGAGGCAAAUAGAUGAGCUGCUGUCAGGCUCCCUGACUCAGGAGGAUGAGGAUGCUGUGCUAUCUGAGCUGGAGGCUAUCACUCAGGGAGAAGAUGUAGAACUUCCAGAGGUCCCCACUGAGCCUCUACCAGAGGUCCCAGAACCAGCUGAGACAGAGCCAGAGAGAAGACCAGCAAGGAACAAGGAGAACAGAGAGAUGCUGGCAGCGUAGAGACAAGACUCAACAAUAACAACAGUAGAUGGAGCUUAGUCGAACUGACUCAAUAACAGUAGCUGGAGUUAGUCCAACUGACUCAAUAACAGUAGCUGUGGAUGGAGCUAGUCCAACUGACUCAAUAACAGUAGCUGUGGAUGGAGCUAGUCCAACUGACUCAAUAACAGUAGCUGUGGAUGGAGUUAGUCGAACUGACUCAAUAACAGUAGCUGUGGAUGGAGUUAGUCCAACUGACUCAAUAACAGUAGCUGUGGAUGGAGUUAGUCCAACUGACUCAAUAACAGUAGCUGUGGAUGGAGCUAGUCCAACUGACUCAAUAACAGUAGCUGGAGCUAGUCCAACUGACUCAAUAACAGUAGCUGUGGAUGGAGCUAGUCCA